AUGGCGCCUUGUGAGGAAGAGGAAGUGCCUCGUCCCGGCCCGGCACUCAUCGUGGGCGCCACCGGCUACAUCGGUCGCUUCGUGGCGGAGGCCUGCCUCGACAGCGGGCGCAGGACCUUCAUCCUCGUCCGCCCCGGCAACGCCUGCCCCGCGCGCGCGGCCUCCGUCGACGCGCUCCAGCGCAAAGGCGCCUUGGUCGUCGAGGGCCGCGUCGACGGGAAAGACGGCGGGAGGUCCGUGGAGACGGCGCUCCGCGCGCACGGCGUCGAGGUGGUGAUCUCGGUGAUGGGCGGCGCCAACAUCCUCGACCAGCUCGGCCUCAUCAAAGCCAUCCAAGCCGCCGGCACCGUCAAGAGGUUUCUGCCGUCGGAGUUCGGGCACGACGUGGACAGGGCGCGCCCGGUGGGGGCCGGGCUGGGGUUCUACGAGGAGAAGCGGCGCGUCCGGCGGGCGGCGGAGGCGGCCGGCGUGCCCUACACCUACAUCUGCUGCAACUCCAUCGCCGGCUGGCCCUACUUCGACAACAUGCACCCGUCCGAGGUGCGCCCGCCGCUCGACCGCUUCCAGAUCUACGGCGAUGGCACCGUCAGAGCGUUCUUCGUGGCUGGAACUGACAUUGGCAAGUUCACGGUCAAGGCCGCGUACGACGCCCGGAGCGUCAACAAGGUCGUCCACUUCCGCCCCGCCUGCAAUCUCCUCAGCACCAACGAGAUGGCCUGCCUCUGGGAGAGCAAGAUCGGCCGCACACUGCCGCGCGUCACGCUUAGCAAGGAGGACUUGCUCGCCAUGGCUGCGGAAGACAUCAUCCCGGAGAGCAUAGUCGCUUCGCUCACGCACGACAUCUUUAUAAACGGCUGCCAGACCAACUUCGGCAUCGACGGGUCGAGAGACGUUGAAGUAUCAAGCCUUUACCCUGACAUUCCAUUCAGGACAAUUGACGAAUGCUUCGACGACUACGCUCAUGGCCUCCACCUGGAAGAAGAAGCUGAAGAGAGCAAGAAAAGUAACGCGCCGAUGGUGGAAAGAUUGGCAGUUUAUCCUACGUGUGCUUAG